AUGUUCCUCACUCGCUCCGAGUACGACCGUGGUGUCAACACCUUCUCGCCAGAGGGCCGUCUCUUCCAAGUCGAGUACGCCAUGGAGGCCAUCAAGCUCGGCUCGACCACCGUCGGCAUCUGUACCCCCAAGGGUGUCGUUCUCGGCGUCGAGAAGCGUGUCCAGUCGCCCCUCCUCGAGUCGUCGUCCAUUGAGAAGAUUAUGGAGAUUGACCGCCACCUCGGCUGCGCCAUGUCGGGUCUCACUGCCGACGCGCGCACCAUGAUCGACCACGCCCGCGUCACCUCGCAGAUGCACGCGUUCACCUACGACGAGCAGAUUGGUGUCGAGAGCUGCACCCAGGCUGUGUGUGACCUUGCCCUCCGGUUCGGCGAGAGUGUCGACGACGACGACGCGCUCAUGUCGAGGCCAUUCGGUGUCGCCCUGCUGAUUGCUGGCCACGACGAGCGCGGCCCUCAAUUGUAUCACACUGACCCCUCGGGCACCUUUGUGCGCUACGACGCCAAGGCCAUCGGUUCGGGUUCCGACGCUGCCCAGCAGAGCCUCCAGGACGCCUACCACAAGCAAAUGACCCUCGCUGAGGCCUACACCUUGACGCUCAAGACGCUCAAGCAGGUCAUGGAGGAGAAGCUCGACGAGAACAACGUCCAGCUCGCCCAGGUGACGGCUGAUGGCGGUUUCGAGAUCCUCAACGAGGCGGAGCUCAAGGCGGCGAUCGAGAGCCUCCCGGCCGAGCGUGUCGUCGUGUAA